AUGAACCCCCAGGACCAAGACCAGCAACAGAUUCAGGACCUCGCUCAGCAACUCGCGAGACAGUUUGUGACGAUGAGACAACAACGGACCAAUCGCACAACGCCAUCCCAGUCGACUGAUGGAAACACAAUUGCUGGAGCCAUCGACAUCACAAACUUGGCCAGCCAACUCGGUGGCCUUUUGAAUGCCCAUGAAACCACCAAGAAUGCUUCUACUCAGGAAGGAAAUGGCUCCUCCACAACAACAACAUCAACAUCAAUCCCAGCAGCAGCGCCUGCGACUGGAAUCACAGAAACGGCUGGUCCCACUGCUCAUGACUUCAACUCAAUCCCUGACCCUUCCAUUUACGAAGUCGAUUUUGUCAACAUUUUCAAGGGCACCAACGCGUCUGUCCUUCGAUUCGAGGAGCGUGAGUUAUUGGAUCUGGCGAGUGAUCAGAUGCCAAUUGGUCGAUUCUUCGAGGAGGCUGAGGCGAUGGCGGAUGAAUUUCCUGACGACAACCUCGACGAUAUUGUCAUUCGCACAACGUCCAUUGGUAGCGUCGCACCUACGAUUCAGGAGCGCGAACAGGGUGCGGGCAUGGUCGAAACCUACAAGUGCACCGCUCCAGACUGCCGCCAGAUCACUCGCUUUCCGAGAUAUGGCGGGAUGCCCAAGAUCCUCUUCGAAACGCGUCGAGGCCGAUGCGGCGAGUGGGCAAACGAUACAAAGCGCGCUUUGUGCAUGACACUACGGACCAUGUUUGGACCGAGGUUUGGAGUGAGCAUAAAGGGCGCUGGAUCCAUUGCGACUCCUGCGAGGCCGCGUAUGAUCAACCGUUACUCUACACGACUGGAUGGGGCAAAACUCUAA